AUGAGUGACCGGCCGCCAACUUUUAACGAACUUUUAAUUCGUGAGGUUCAGAAUCACCCGGAGUUGUACGAUCAACAACAUCGGGUGUGUACGGACAAUGAGGAACGAAACAUGAUGUGGGAAGUGAUUGCGCGCAGGAUCGAUGAAAACGUCACUGGUAAGAUUAUUUAUUCAUUUUUAAACUUUUUUUAGUUUUUUAAAUUAAACUUGAUUUUUGUGCCAAAUUUUUUGUAAGAUACGACAUGCAAUGGCUCACUUUUUUAAAAAAUUUUUGAAUUUUUGAAUUUUUGUUUAAGUUAUCCUUUCAGGCGAAUUCGCAAAGAAACGUUGGCUCCAAAUGCGAGACCGUUACCGCAAAGAGCUCAAAAUGGCACUACGCAACAUGACCCAGCCCAAAUGGCCCUACUUUGAGAAACUCAGCUGGCUCGACCCAUACCUAAAAGACUCAAAAUCAGCCGGACUACAUCCCACUUUCCUGGGCUGUAAACUUGAAUCCACCGAGAAAAACAUCCUCGAAUCCCUUCACAAGUUUUCUGAAGCCAAGCAAAGCCAAUUGUGGAAUCCGUUCCCAAACGAGAAUCAAGAAACUUCUGAAUUCUCCUACCAGCACACGGUGAAUACGGAUUCACUGCUUCAAAACAUAAUGGCAGCUUCAUCGACGGCCUUUGAGCAUUUGCAGCGACGAGAUGAUGGAGAAUAUUCCCCGCCUGACAGUGCUGUCGCUUCGACGAGUGAAGAUGGGGAUGUGCAUAUUAAUGUACAGCCUUCCUCUACGACCGCUUCUGAAGCUGGCAGUAGUGCCAGUUCUCAUGUCAGGAAUCAAAGUGCGUCGCCAGAGCAUGAAAGUCAACCGAUCAAGAGUGACGAAAGCAGUAGUAAUAGUGAGAGUGGACAGGUAGGGUUGCUGCGUUUAUCUUAGGUUGAACCAAAAGUAUCGGGACAGCUUUUAACUGAAAAAAUGAAAAGUGUCCCGCUACUUUUGGUUUAAUGAAUUUAAAAAAUUUUAAAUUUUAAAUUUUUACCCUAUUCUACCCUUUACUCACUUAUCCUUUUAUAUUUUAAUGCCUAUUCUUUCUUAAUUUCUUUCGUCGCCCCGACUAAAAUACCUUUUCUACUGUUAUUAAUAUCUCCAGAACCUCACAUAUCCCAUGCCUUUCCAGAGCGUAGAACAACUCACUCUGGACACUUCUCUUCUGUCCAUGCCCGGCCUCACCAACCCCGACGGAUCUCUCAGUUUUAUGGGUUCAGUCUUACGAAAUCUCAGCGCUACCGUAUCCAACAACCCGUCCCAAACGCCGCGAGCCAACUCACGCAACCGCAACCCGCCCUACCUCGUUCGCCGCGGCGGAGGCAUCAAAAUCAAGCAGGAGCGGACGGCCGAAGUGCGCGGCUUCAAACCCCUGGCCAAAACCAUGUCGGUGGGAGUGAAUCAGGCGACAAACUUGUUGAACUUGAAUGGAAUCAGCGACAAAGACCUCGCGGAUGAGCGAUUACCUGAAUGGACGACGGACGAAGACGUUCUGUUCGCGCGACUUGUCGCUGUCCGCUUGAAAAAGUUUGGCGCAAAGGAUAAGCGAAUUGUAAGUGGGGGUACAGUAAGACAUGUAUUGAGGGAAAGUACAAUAAGACAUUUAUUGAGUGAAAGUACAGUAACACUUUUUUGUAAGUGGGGGUAUAGUAAGCCGUUAAAGAUAAAACCAACUAUUUUUAAAAGGAAAAAGUGUAGAAAAAACUUUUUUUUAAUUUGGAAAUAACGAAGUGUCACAAUCGACUUUUUCUAAAUUUUUAAAAAGAUGAAAUUUCAAAAUUAAUUUUUAAUUUUUUUUAAAUUCAGGUGUUAUUAUUGAUUUCUUUUACUUCUGUUAAGAAAAUACAAACUUCUAGACCUAAUAUUUUGUUGUUCACAUAAUUUUUAGCUCUAAAUUACUAGGUUGUUCAAAUAAUUCUGUGCUCCCUUACAAAGCAAACUUUGAGCUUAGAGGGCCGAGAAUUAUUUGAACAAUCUAAUAGAUGAACUGCCACUAUUGAACUUACUUUAAAAUUUUUAGAAAGUUCAAAUAAGCACAAUUUUGGCAUAAAUAGCAAAAUGUCACUAUUGAUUUUUUCGCAUUUUUUUGUAAAAAUAGGCUUUUACUUUAUAUUAACAUCGUUAAUAUAAUAAUUGGUAUAAUUUCAGAUUCGCUCCAGAAUCUCUGAGUUUAUGGACGAAAAGGAAGAACAAAUCGAGUUGAACAAAGUUCGUUCUGGCUAA